UCAUCAGGUAGAUGGAUCCAGUAACAAAAUCCCACCAGAGAGAUGUCCCCGUCCUCUGUAUUCCACACAGGAAGAUCUCACCAUCACACUUAAGGGUAUAAACCAGAGUGAUUGGAAAUAUGCUGUUAAGGAAGAGAUAAUAGAGGAGGAUAAGGAAGAGAUAAUAGAGGAGGAUAAGGAAGAGAUAAUAGAGGAGGAUGAAGAGGUUGGUGAGAUGGAGAAGUUUUCAGAAGGAAAGAAAAAACCCUUCAAGGUUGUCGUGAUGGAGCCGUUCAGUGAUACAAACUCUCCAGAGAGAUGUCUCAGUCCUCUGUACUCCCAGGAUUCCACACAGGAAGAUCACACCAUCCCCCACCAUCAUCAGGAUGAAGAAUUGACAUACGUUAAAGCUGAGAUUAAAGAGGAAGAAGAAGAGUUGUUGGUUAGUGGAGAUCAGCAGUCUAUGGAGGAGGAAUCUUCUCUACUUAUGGACACGGAUGGACACUAUGUUCAGAAUCGGAAAAGCUCUGAUGGACUUCGUAUUUUACCUCGGAAUUGUAAAUCAGAAGAUGACGGCCUUGCAGGAGGAAGACCCAACACUCAACGUCCUCAUCGCAGAUCUCACCCUUUAAAGAGAACAAUGACUAGGUCUAGAUUUCGGGAACCUUCUGAUGCCUCGCACACUGUUACUCCCGAUAUACGUCUGAGAUCCGCAGACCUCUAUAACCCCAUGACCUCUGAAGGCGCUUGCACAGCCCAAAAUCCGUUGCCACUUACGGAGUGCGAGAAAUCCUUCAACGACUACAUAUCCCUUCUUAAAAAGCAGAAAAAUCCCAAGGCCGAGCGUCCCUUUCCGUGUUCAGAGUGCGGGAAACGUUUCUUAACCAAAGGGACCCUUCAAAAGCACCAGAAAAUUCACAGCGGCGAGCGCCCCUUCGCCUGUUCCGAGUGCGGGAGAUGCUUCAUUUACAACCGGGACCUCCGCAAUCACCGGAGAGGUCACACCGGCGAGCGUACCUUCUCCUGUUCAGACUGCGGGAAAACGUACAUUCAAAGAGCAGACCUCCUGAAGCACCGGAGGAUCCACACAGGCUGUUAUCCCUUUUCCUGUCUAGAGUGCGGGAAAUGUUUCCACCGGAAAGGGAAACUUCUCGAACACCAGAGGACUCACACAGGGGAGCGUCCUUUCUCAUGUUCGGAGUGCGGCAAAUCUUUCUUUCGCAAGGCCGACCUUCUGAUCCACCAGAAAAUUCACACGGGGGAGCGCAAUUUCUCGUGUUCGGAGUGCGGCAAAUGUUUCAUUAAGAGGGGGGACCUUGUUAUACACCAGAGAACUCACACGGGCGAGCGUCCUUUUUCGUGUUUGGAGUGCGGGAGGUCGUUUACGCAUAAGGGGAACCUGACCAGUCAUCAGAAAACGCACGCAGCUGCUGUUGAAAAAUGUACGUAGGGCUCUGAAGGGGGGAAGACUGUUCAGUCCGCGGAACAAAUGUGUGAUAGAAACGAGCUUCUGAGGAGGAACAUGCUGGACAAAUGGCCUUUUAUUUAACCACUUCCUUACCGGGCACUUAAACCCCCCUUCCUGCCAAGACCAAUUUUCACCUUUCAACGCUCUCACUCUUCGAAUGACAAUUGCGCGGUCAUACAACACUGAACCCAAAUGACAUUUUUAUCAUUUUCCCCCCACAAAUAG